AUGGCUUCUUCUAUUGCAGUGAAGCGAUUUCUCUCCUCCGCCCUUCUUUCAAGGUCUCUUCUUCGCCCCGUCGUCUCUUCCGCUUCGCGCUCUUUCAACACCAACGCCAUGCGCCAGCACGAUCAACACUCUGAAGACCGUAACGUUGAUGUCGAUCGUCGCUCCUUCCCUCGCACUCGCCGCGAAGAUCUUCUUCUCUCAGAUGUGUUCGAUCCGUUUUCUCCACCACGGAGCUUAAGUCAAGUCCUAAACAUGGUGGAUUUACUGACGGACAAUUCGGUCCUUUCUGCUGCUUCGCGACGCGGAUGGGAUGCGAGAGAGACAAAGGAUGCUCUGCUUCUCCGUUUGGAUAUGCCUGGACUCGGUAAAGAAGACGUGAAGAUCUCCGUCCAACAGAACACUCUUACCAUUAAAGGUGAAAAAGGUGCAAAAGAAAGUGAGGAAGAGGAGGAAAGUGGUCGUCGAUUCUCUAGCCGAAUUGAUUUACCUGAAAAGCUUUACAAGAUUGAUGAGAUUAAAGCUGAGAUGAAAAACGGUGUGCUCAAGGUUAGUGUGCCUAAAAUGAAGGAAGAAGAAAGGAACAAUGUCAUUAACGUCAAGGUUGAUUAG